GCGGAGUGAUUGCUGCAGUUGAUGGAGGUGUGUUACUACUGCUGACCGAAAGUCGCGAGAAUACUGGAAAGGUCAAGAACGGAGCUGGAGACUUCUCUGAAGAAUGGAGCGGUGCCACCUUCUCCGUCCAGUUGAACAUCAAAAAUACCAGUCACGUCAAUGAUAGUGUUGCCGCAUUUGUCUUUGAUGAGGAACUGGGGAUCACAAUUUAG